AUGGCAGCAGCAGUAGUUUGUUCUCAGGCCGUAUUUCUUCCGAUUGAUGUGAUGUGUCAACCAUGUUCUUAUUUGAAAGUUAUCAUCUCUUGGGUGCGUACUGAGCAUGAAGAAUCUGCUCCUAGCCUGUGGACGAUAGUGUCUGUUCAAGCUGCUGGAGGGAUAUUUGCUGGUGCCGCGGCAUCCUGCAUCACAACGCCAUGGACAUUAUUAAGACUCGCUUACAGUACUGAGCAUGAAGAAUCUGCUCCUAGCCUGUGGACGAUAGUGUCUGUUCAAGCUGCUGGAGGGAUAUUUGCUGGUGCCGCGGCAUCCUGCAUCACAACGCCAUUGGACAUUAUUAAGACUCGCUUACAGUUCUGA